UUGCCGAUGGCCGUUCACCUCAAUCCUUCUGCGCACGCGACCUUGGUCCUGCGGCUGCUGCUCUGGGGCGAGGGUGCGCGCAACGGCGGGCGCCCAAGCCGAUCGCUCUUCCCCCAUCGCCGUCGAGCGCCCUCGCACACGCGGCUGUCUUUUCGCGCGAAGACAAGUGCACGGAAGGGGGUACUGCGAGGCGGUCUCGGAGGAGCAGCCACCGAAAGGGAAAGGAGAAGCCGCUUUGUUCAGUCCGCACGAGAACCGCACGAUGCCGGAGAAGAGCAACACCGGAGGCUCCAAGAACAACGACCGAUGGAAGGUGAAGGCGAUUCCAUUUCCCCCGUCGGCGGAGAGGAGGGACACAGGCUUCCGGGAAUACCACCCCGGCGUGCUGCAUCCUCGAUCGGGAGGCAGCAGUCCGACCUCGCCGCAGCCCAGCCAAGGCGGAUGGAAAUACUCAUGAAGUUGGGACCGAGCUUGCAGAAAGCUGGAGCCAGCUCUAGACGCUACUGAGCGUUCUUCAAGCCCAGCGGACAGUCACCGUGUGAUAUAUACUCAUCGCCGUGUUGUCUACUGUAUAUAAUGUUGAGAGGGCGUCUCUCAGCGCCUGCUUUUUAUGUCUGCAUUCACAGGGUCGGCUCGGUUAUUAUGUAAACGAUGUGGACUAUAAAGGAUAAUGUUUCCUGCUUUUGAGCGCGCGUUACUAUCUCCAAAAGUUUAAUUAUGUGUUCGCGGAUGUAGGUGCAAACCAUGCUCAUGGUCUUCGUUUUCGUCGCCGUCUUCUUCUCUAUAUUCGCAUGAUGGCCGCACUGUUUUUCCUGCAAAAACCGUAUUUCUUUUUAGACAGGGGCGAGCCACUGUAGUUCACCUAAGACCAGCUUUUCAUGUUUCACUGAUGUUCCUCGAAGUUACACAAUGGCACUGUCCCCUUCACUGUAUUGAGCUGAGUUGCUGAGAUGGACUUUUUUUUUUUUUUUGCCUUUUUGCUUGCGUGCUUGCGUUCUUGCUUUCUUUGUUGUGCAAAACCACUCCACAGAUGUCGUGUAACCUAGCCCUUCUAGUAAUGCAUUAUAUGCACGAAUGGGAAGUUUUUCUCAGCUGCGAUUGUUCGAACCGGCCGCCGAGUUUCACCUGCUCUCUAGCCUCCUCCGUUAACCUUGUACAUGAAUAUUAUUUUGGACAAUUGCUGUAGAUACGCUUUUAAAAGAACACUCAGGCUUUCCCACGUAGACGUCCAAGCAUUAAACUGAAAGCUAGGCGUUGGUCAAACCAAUGCAGUGGAUUGUGCGGCCUUGCGCCCAAGCACACAAUUAAUGAGCCAUUAUUACACAUUGAUAUUUUUUUAUCCGCUGCAGAGACUAAAGCAGAAUGCAAUAAUGCCCGUAUAUAUAGUGAGAUUCUGAGUUAUUCUGAAUUCUGAUAUUUAUUAAUUAUCGCUUACAUGUAGAACUUAAAAAAAAAAACAACGAUAAUUUCAUCCAAACUUCCGAACAUUUUAUUUAGGCUGAUGACAUGGUCGAUAAACGGCGGAAAUUAUUUCAUAUAUCUUCUUUUUCACGCACCCGCAGCGAAUUACACCUUUCUCGUUCUAUUUAUUUUAAUGUUUUGGAUCGACUUGCACGAGACGCAUUGAAUUUUUGCGAGGGUUUCGAGGGUUAUCAGUGCUGGAUUAAGAAUUGGCGAUGGGGAGAGCUUGGGGGGCUGUAUCCACAAGUCUCACCUCUGACCGUAGUCAAAGCGGGACCACUCCAUUCACCUCGAAUCGCAUUUUUAGAAAACUGCGUGCACAACUGACAAGCGGAAUGAACAUGACCGUUAGGAGCCUAGAACAGGAAGCACCACAAAUAUUUUUCUUUAAUUAAAAAAAAGUGAAUGAAGAAAAACAUUUUUUUCCUGACUUUCUGUAUACGGUAUACGUAUAUGAACUGGAGUGAAAUCUUAAUCCAGCUCUAGUUUACUCAACAUCAAUUGUGCAACAUCGUGACACCAUGUUGGUGUCAUCGUGGGUUACUGAAACAUAUUACCUUAAGUAACGGGUGAGCGUGGCUGCGGCGUAGUCAAUAGCCUUUAGGAUGAGUAGACGACGGGAAUGUGUCAUGUGCUUUGCAUAUAUGUGAUAGAAAACUUCUCACUGAGACCCUCUGCACAUUCCAAACCCAAGGGUGAAAGUCAUUCCUGGCAAUUGUGUAAGGCGUGUUCUCUUCCAGCUAAUGCAAAAUUUGGUCCCUGUGGUUUUAUUGACGUGAUUAUACAGCAAGAAUAUGGCGCUUCUUAUUGAAGAUGACCAGAGAUACUGUGGCGUAGCCAGGAAUUUUUCCCGGGGUGGGAGGGGGGAGGCUCGCAUUUGGCCGGGGAAGGGGGCAGGCGGCGGUUGCCGCACGUCGUGAUAUAUGCCAGGUACCCUGGUACAUAAAAAUUUUGCUUUGAGAGGGAAGGGUACGUGCCACCCCUGUCUCUCUCUCUCUGUAUAGGCACAGUAUAGUCGGCGACAUCGCUGGAGGACCCGCCGUGGUUGCUCAGUGGUUAUGGUGUUGGGCUGCUGGAGCACGAGGCCGCGGGAUCGAAUCCCGGCCACGGCGGCCGCAUUUCGAUAGGGGCGAAAUGCUGAAAACACCCGUGUACCUAGAUUUAGGUGCACGUUAAAGAACCCCAGCUCGUCAAAAUGAAUCCGGAGUCCCCCACUACGGCGUGCCUCAUAAUCAAAGGUGGUUUUGGCACGUAAAACCCCAUAAUUUAAUAAUAAUAAACAUCGCUGGAGGAAGGCAUCGUAUGUAUAUAGCGCCACUUCUACUCGCCAGCUGGUGGCCUUAUAGUACGGAAGCGCCCAGGCUUCCUUUUAAGCCGGCUACUCAGUGAUUGUCUAAUACCCCUGACACACGGGUAAAAGUAAAGUCCUUUGCAGGAAACCCCUUUUGUUACUACGAAGGACCCUUUGCAGAAAGGAGGUGCGCCGAUGACACACGGCAUCGCGCUAACUUCUUUAGGGCUGGCAUUUUGUAGCGAUGCCUUAUGACUUAUUCUAUACCAGUCUUAUCCUCCACCGCUCACGGCCGGCUGAUUCCGUUCAUAACGCGAGCGGACCGUCGCUCUGACCACUGACAAACCGCGAUAAGCGCGAAAAGGCAUUAUCAUCAAAAGGCAUCGCUACAAAAUACCGGCCUAGGUGGUUCCUCAGAUGAACGCGAAAAAAAAAAAGCGUUGUUUGUUAAUUUUGAUGAUAAUGCGCAUAUUCGGAAUUCAACAUGGUGGCGCUAGCGACGUGGUGCGAGCGUUUGAGAGUAUAGCUAGAGUAAAUCUUCACUGUUUGACAAAUAUCGCAUUACCGCUAAAAAGUAAUAAAUUUUCCAAGGUAAAAUUAAUACUUACGGGGCACCGUAGUUAUGUAACACGUUUUCGUCUAUUGAUGAGUUGUGCACGCUGUAUGCGAGAGUACACCUUUCCGCUCGAAAAGUAGAUGCCCGAUCUUCUUUUCCGCAAAGGAACUUUGCCGGCAGGGAGAUACUCCUUUGUCGUGUGUCACUGCGCCUGAACGCCUUUCCGGUAGAUGUCCCCCUUACCUAAAGGACUUUAGUGUGCCCGU